CCAAAACAUUACAUAACCUCACAUUCUCCUCUUGCAUCAAAAAUGUUCCCCCAGUUUGUGUCCAGGAUGUCCAGGAAUCUUCCCCAUGUGAUGACAGUGCGUGGAUUCCGCAUGGGGCGCUACCUCCUAGCCGGACACUCAAAAUGGGCCAAUAUUCGUCACAUAAAAGCAGCAAAAGAUGGACAAAAAUCCCAAUUAUUUGCCAGAUUUGCUCGUCAGAUUCGUCUUGCAAUCUUGGAGGGUAAAUCCCCCAAUCCUGCCAUGAAUACCCUCCUGAGGCAAACUGUGGAUGUUGCGCUGAAGAAACAAAUGCCCAUGGCAUCCAUUCAAACAGCAAUUAAGAGAGCCUCUGGGCAGGGAACGGACUUCCGGAGGCAUGUGCUGGAAGUGAAAGUUGUGCAGAAUAGAGUCUACGUCAUCCUUGUCCUGUACACGGAUAAUCCAACGCAGGCGAAGAUGAAUCUCACGACGGUUUUGCGCAAAGUUGGGGGAACAUUUGCCGAUUUGGGGCAUUUAUUCACGGAAACGGGGAUAAUUGUGGCUACGGCGGAGGAGAAGACACCCGAGAAGCUCCUUGAGAUGGCCACGGAGCAUGCAAUUCUCGUGGGAGCCGAAGAUGUUGAGCUGAUGGAUGAGAAAGAAGGACUUCUUAAUUUUACCUGCUCUCCGGCUGAGAUUCAACGUGUCCGGAAGGAGCUUGCUGAGCUAAAUUAUGAGAUUGAAAGUGCUGAGCACGUCUACAUACCACACACUUCCAUUGAGCUGAAUGAGGCUGAAAAGGCGGCCUAUGCCAAUUUCCGGGACAGAUUGAAGAUGAUUGACUGCAUAGAUGAGAUUUUUGAUAACAUAGAUAAUCCAUCUAGCUAGCAAAAUGCAUGAAAAUGUAAAUAAAAUGUUUAUUUUGGGAGUUUUUUCCCUGAAAAA